UUUCAUGUGUUUGACUCCCAAAAAUCAAUUCCGCGACUGUUCCCCUUUUUUUCAAUUAAAAUGUACAUUUAAAUGGCAUAAUGAGCUCAGAAGAACAGAACCUCCAUCUUCUAAGCAAUAAUCUCCCCGGGCAACUGUCUGAAUGCCGGCUCUGCUGCCGGCCCAACGAAACGUGUAUCGAUUUAUCUGCUGUUGCAGAUGUUAUUCCUCUGAGUUAUAUUCAGAAAAACAUAGGAAUUAAGCUAAAAUUCAAUGAAGUUACCCCUAAUUUUAUUUGUAAACAGUGCACACAGCAGAUCCUUGAUUGGCAAAAAUUUGUUAGGUCCUGCACUGAAGCUCAGUCAGUUGCCAAAGAUCGGGAAAAUUACAUCAAAGAGGCUACAGAACAAGUAAAUGAAAAACACUUACUUGCAGAUGAAACAACACAAAACAACAUGACAGAAGAGAAGGAUUCGUCUCAGGAGAAUAGCCUACCAACAAUUCCAGAUAAAAGAUCCCGUUUUACGCUAGAAUACCUGGAGCAAAAAAUAGGCAGAGUGCUCAAGUCAGAAGAAGUCGACCAGUUGAAAAAGUUUAUUGACAAAGGGGAUGACAGAGGCAUCUAUUCCUUCCUUUUUGGCAGUGGCAACAACCAGACAUGGCCCUGCCAGCUGUGCGAUGAAGUCAUCAAAGGGACCAUGAAGCAAGUGACCAAGCACUAUGCCCACGAGCACCAAGCCCCACCACUCUACCCGUGCCAACUAUGUGGCAAAGUGAUCAAAUCGAGCCAUACUUACAAAAGACACAGGACGGCCCAUUUAUCCGAGUACAAAUGCCCGUCUUGCGACAAAGUCUUCCAGGAUCGAUCCAAGCUGCUUGCCCACAAAGUGGCGCAUUCCGACAACCGGCCUCACGUUUGCGCCGAGUGCGGCAAGCAGUACAAGCUGGCCUCGCAUCUCAAAUCCCACAUGGCCCGCUCUCAUUUGCCAGAAUCCGAUCGGUUGGCAUUCACUUGCGAGAUUUGCGGUAAACGCUUUUCUGCCAAGGGCAAUUUAACCACUCAUGUUCAAACCACUCAUUCGGAUUCCAAACCUUACGUUUGUGAUCUUUGUGGUAAAGGAGUCAAGACGAAACAGGCCCUCCAAUUUCACCUCAAUUCGCACAAUGGUGUCAAACAGUUUAGCUGCCAAAUUUGUUUCAUGUCCUUCACCUCAAGGUCCAGCAUGGCCUCGCACACCCGUCGACACACGGGAGAGAAGCCGUAUCCCUGCAAACAAUGCAGUAAGACUUUCACGUCCAGCUCGGCCCGGAGUAGCCAUCGGCAACACGUUCACGCCACGUCACGACAGCACGUCUGUCCUCACUGCAGUAAAUCUUUCAAAGUCUUACGGGAUUUGAAAGUCCAUCAAUCGAUUCACACGGGGGAGAAGCCUUACGUUUGUGACACUUGCGGCAAAGCCUUCCGAGUCGCAGCCAAUUUUUACGCUCACCGUAAGACGCACCGUAAAGCUGUGGAGAAAAUAUCACUGGAUGCAGCCGUAGCUGAAAUCGGCCAAUUCAUUGAGGAACAGCAGCAACAAGAAGAACAGCAGCAGCCGGACGAAGAGACGGAACAAAUUCACACGCUGCAAAUGGCACAGCCGAGAUUGAACGACGCCCUGAGUCAAGCCAUUCAAGAACAUUUGACUCAAUCUUGUCUUGUGGUUGGCGGGGAUUUCAGCAACGAUCCAUCUGGAAGUGCUUCCAUGCUUAAUCCAUAUUCAACUGGGAUAGGGACCACCUCUGAUGGUCUGGAUUAUGCAACCAUUCAUCCAGACGAGCAAUCAUCCACGCCGGGCUAUUUAAAGUCCAUCCUCAUGGGCCAGUUUGACGAUAAGGAUUAGCUUAACGUUCAUUGCAAUUUUUCAUUCGUUCUUUUAUUUUUGCUGUUAUCAGAACUAUAGUUUUAACAAAAUAUCUAAUUGGUUUACAUUGAAUAA